CCCAAGAGGAGUCAGUCGGUGCCCAGCCAAAGUCGAGGUUGCUGUCGGCGACGUCGAGCACCAAAGCCAGCAGCAGCACCACGUGUGCGUCGUCGCGACGAAGCGCAGUGACAGCCAGCAGUGACGUGCCGCGAGUGUGGACCUGGUGACAUGUGCGGCAGAUAGUGGUGCCAUGUAGUGAGCGAGAGCUGUGUGAUGCCGCUGUGCCGUGGCCGCGAGUGAACCAUGCCACACGUCUCGUCCAGUGGCGGCGAUGAUCUCGGCAGCACCGAUGAGGUUAAGGUGUUUAAGGACGAGGGCGACGGGGAGGACGAGAAGAGGUCCUCUGAGAACCUCACCGAGGAGAAGAGCAGUCUCAUCGACCUCACCGAGUCGGAGGAAAAGUCUGGUGGCAGUUACUCUUCCAAUAAAAAUGUCUCCCGAGCGGACCACAGUCCCGUCUUCGGCAAGGUGGAGCCCGUGCCCCACACCUCUUCGUUCAACAUGGGAUAUUUGGUGUCCCCCUACAGCUACGCCAACGGAGCGGCUGGCCCCAUACCCGUGUCAAUGGCUAGUAAGAUGGGCCUGGCGCCAACGGGACACCCGGGAGCCGCCUUACCUUUCUUCUGCCACAACGGAGACCCCCUUUCGCAGCCACCACCGGCGCACAUGGGAAUCCCCCCCUACCAGUUGGACAGCAAAACCGCGGGUUCCAUGGGACUCACGAGACCACCGAUGUACCCUUUUCCUGCUGGCCAGUACCCUUACCCCAUUCUCAGUCCUGAAAUGUCACAGGUGGCGGCUUCAUGGCACACGCCAAGCAUGUACCCGUUGUCGCCGGGCGCCGGCUUCAGGAGUCCGUACCCCAGUGCCCUCCCGAUCUCGACGAGCAGCCUGCCUAGCGACUUCUACCGGUUCUCCCCCACGGGGCUGAUGCCGCCGCACCCGGGCCUGUCGCCGCACCCGCCUCACCUCUCAUCGCAUCCGGCCAUCGUGACGCCUGGACCCAAACAGGAGUUACCCGACUUGAACCACAAACCUUUAAAUUUAACAAUCAAGAAAAUGCCAAUUGCCAUCGUCGCUCCCUUCACUAUCGUCGAACCAAAACUCAACAACGACCUCGUCAAGAACGAAGAGCUUCCACAAGAUCUCUCCCUGAAACUCUCCAAAAACAACGAUCAAUGCUUAGAUCUCAGCAAAACCAAAGAAACCAAUUUAGAAAAAUCCAACUUGAACCACAACGAACAAUUAAGGAAAUACCUCUGCAAGAACCAAGACGAAACCAGAAACCAUUAUACUAAAAACACCUACAACGAGCAAGACAACAAACUCAUGGACCUCUACAAGAAUCUAGGCUCCGACUCUGUCUAUUCCUUCAUCAACAAUCUAACCGACCGCAAACUCCUCAGCGCCUGGUACAUGAACACCGUCCUCGGCCACCAGAACCCCUACCUAGGCUUACCUAAAACCGACUCGUCCGACAACCGCAUCCUCAACAACCUCCUUGAUAAAAAAUCCUACCCCACUUAUAAAUUUCCGACGAAUUUUGACGCACUCAUCGUCAACGAGAUGCGUUCGGAAAAACCCGAAUCGAAAAAGAACAAGAAAGGGUCACAAGUCGACCACAAGAACAACCUAGGAGACUCGAAGAACAACCAGGAUGGCAAUAACGGAGAAAAGAAGAAGCCCCACAUAAAGAAACCCCUAAACGCCUUCAUGUUAUACAUGAAGGAAAUGCGAGCUAAAGUCGUCGCUGAAUGCACGCUCAAGGAAAGCGCCGCCAUCAAUCAGAUACUCGGCCGAAGGUGGCACGCGCUGGGCCGCGAGGAGCAGGCCAAGUACUAUGAGCUGGCGCGCCGGGAGAGGCAGCUGCACAUGCAGCUCUACCCCGACUGGUCGUCGCGCGCCAACGCCACUCGUGGCAAGAAGAGGAAGCGCAAGCAAGACCCUGCCGAUGGAGGUAACAGCAUGAAGAAGUGCCGAGCAAGGUACGGAUUGGACCAACAAAACCAAUGGUGUAAACCAUGCAGGUGUCCCCGAGAACAGCUCACAUGGCGGCGGAACUUCCACGGUCCACACCGGCUUGCUGCACGCAGCAGGAGGUGCUGCUACCACGCAGUCGCCCCAGGAACCGACAUACGUCAAUCUAUAGCCCUCUCACGCAAGAAGAAGUGCAUACGAUACAUGGAGGCAGGCGAUGGCAAUGACGGGAACCAAUCCGACGACAACCUAGGCAGCUGCGGCAGCAUGGGCGACGCUCACACGCCGCCCGAGGACGACGCCGAGAGCCUCAACCAGUCCAUCUCCAGCCCCGGCGCCCUCUCGGGGUUGAGCAGUCUGACGAGUCCCGGAGGGAUGGUGAUGCCAAGUCCGUCAACGAGCGUCGCGAGUCCCUCAGUGAGUGUGGCUAGUCCUUAUAUGCUGCAGAGCCCGCUGACCCCGCACGAGGCCUUCGACGUGAAGCUGCCGCCGCCUCCGCACCCUCACCAUCAGCCGCCCCGCAACCCCGUCGGGACUAACCCCCACGAUAUAAACAAUCCGCUCAGUGUGAACCAAUUGACCGGACAGUGCGUGAGAAAUGACUCCUCGGACACGAAUGGAAAAGAGACACGCUCUAUUAUCAGCGUUACGUAGCCCCCCUGAAUGGGGCUGGGCCAGGACUGUGUUCAGUGCAGUGCGAUGAUCUCAAUUUGCUCCCCGUUCAUUUGUUUUUUGUUAUUUUGACUCUAGUACUGCACUCGUGGAAUUUUAUACUAUGUAWCAUAAAUGUCAUUUGCCAAAAUCACCUCUAUAUAUUAUAAAAUAUCCAUUUAUAUUUUCUAGUUACUUAUAGUGGUAUUUGGAUGUUGGAGGACGACCCCGACUGUACUUAACACCGAAUUCUCCAACUUCUAAUUAAAUUAGAAGACAUUCUUUGGUUUUAUCAUGACGUGAAGUCUGCUUCAAAAAUUACAAUCUCUCAUCAUGUAACUUCUAAUUAAAUUAGAAGACUAAUUUCAAAAGAUUAAUUUGUGUUUACUAUUAAGAAAAUAGUAUUUUUUAUUGCAGCUUCUAAUUAAAUUAGAAGACAUCGUGUACUUUGAAAUUGCUUCAAAACUGAUGACGAUAUCUAUGUUUGCAAUAGAUAAUAGAAAUUUUACAUUUUGACACUGGUCUGAAAAUGGCUUUUUGUAUCAAAUUUUGGUUUGAAAUUGGCCGACUUUAGUAGAGGUACUUAGUUUCUAGAGUUUACAUUGGUUUAAUGUGUGAUCCUUCAACAUCCAAGUAGUAAUUUAGAUAGUUUAAAUUUAUGUUCCUUGUGCCACAAACUUUUGAUACUACUUUGUUUGUUUUUAUUUUAAUGAUUCGAGAAAACAAUUAUUACAAAUAGAAACAAUACGAGUAGUUUUGGUAGAAACCACAACCAUUUUUUCGUUUGAAAAUUACCAGAGUAAAUGAAAUUAUUAAGUUGUAUAUUGAUACAAAAUGUAAUUACUUUGUACAUAAAAAUGUUAUAUAUAAAGUUAAUCUUGUAAAAUUUAUUUGAACGUUCUAUAUUUUAUUUGUUAAAAUUGUGGCGAGCCAUAUUAUUUUCUAAUUAUGAUCGAAAUAUUUGAGCUUUUAUGUUGCAAUUUUGAACGGCCAUAUAUUUGAAUAAAGACACAAUUUCCUCAGUCAUGUAUAUAGUUUUGACGCAAAACUACAAUAUCUUCUCAAGAGACGCGUGCUAUCCAGAUUCAAAGCAGGGAAAUUAUUAGGCGUUCGUGUUCAAUACUUUAAUUUACUAUAAUAAAAAAGAGACAUGUGAUAUUUUAUACUAUUUAAUAUAAAUAUAUUAUGUUUGGCUUCCCUCAGGAUUUUGCAUUUACUGACUUUCAUUUGGCAAUGUUGCGUCGACAACAUUGGACAAAACAAUCGUCUUGAUUCAAACGCCGAGGAGAGAUUAAUUUAUGUGCCAUAUUCGUUUGAACCACGACCGUUGUUUCCAAGCUCGUGACUGUUUAGGUUAAAACGGAUACCUUUAAGUUUUGGAUAAGUGCAAUGUAAAUGUCUAAUAGUUAACUUGAAACUGAUAAGAGAGAAACGUCUUUUGUGUGCCGACUGUCCGACUUGUGCCCUUGUUAACAUUUGUUUUUUUUUUCCAUAGUUUGAUUUGGCAUGGGUCAGACAAUCUGCCGUGCAUUCAAACCGGGUCAUUAUGAAUGGCCCGGUCGGUGUACCAACAUAGAGUAAAUGAAUAUACAUAUAUAAAUAAAUUAGAGUAUGUAGAUGUUAAUCGUCUUUGUAAGUAGCAUCUGUUCGUAACACCGUCUAGGCUAAUAAUCAUUCAAUACAAAACCUCAAUAUGAA